AUGCCACGGGCCCUCCCCCUUUUCCGUCGCCGCCCGCACCCUCUUUUCUGGCGUGCUGGAAAGCGCUACCACUGGCUUUCCACAGGCGUCGGGAAAAAACUUUUGGUGAGACACCUUGUUGGGUCGCAGGAGGGUGGAAGGAGACUGCUGCCAAGGGCAGGGUUCGUGCACCAGGAGGAGGCGACCUGCCUGGUGGGCGGUGCGACGGCGGGCCAGGCGAACUGCGCUUUGAGGACCUGCGGUGGUUUAUUUGACCCAACCGCCUCGCGGUCGGUCUCUGUUGCGGCCUGCGCCGCAAAGCCACCCCUGCGGAGGCGGCGGGUGCGAUGCUGGGGGGGAGGUCGAGGGCACCCUUGGGCUGCGGUCCGUCGUGGUGUGCGUUAUCCUGCGCCCCGCCGAGCCCGCGACGCGUGA